GGUUUAGAUUUAGUUUUAUUAUAUAUAUGUUUUUUGGUCAGAUGUCAGCUUUAAAAAAACAAAAUCCGUUGUAGUAAAUUAGUUUCACACUAAUAGGAUCUCGCGGACAAUAUUAUCUCUGUCUUCGUGUCCGUUUUGCUCGCUUGAGUGGAGACAAAAGCGCGGCCUAUACGAGCUGCACGUGAAGGCAUCGCGAGUGUGUAGCUGAUCAGAUCAGAAGACGGGGAGAAAGGAAGUGGCGGCUGUCGCAAUAUCCCUGCCACGUCUCUGUAGCAACCGCAGCUGCAGCAGCAGCUGCAGCAGCUGUGUCGGCUGGCCGGGGCUCCGGGAUGGGCCGGUGCUGCUGGGUUCAUGUGUAGAGGGGAUGCGACUGAAGGGAGCAGCAGAGAAGCGGAAGGAGAGAGGAAACACGUAAAGCCACACUCCCUCACUGAAAGAGAGGGAGGGAGAGGGAGAGCCUGCCGGGGAGCAGCUCCAGGGAGAGGACCGCUGCUCUGCUCCGAGACUCCUUUCUGCCGCCGCCUCCUCCGCCGUUGGAGUGGGUUAUUGUUCCCGUCAGGAGAAUAGAGGCGUUGACGGACUCAUUUCUGAGGGGUUUUAUUAUUCGUUCACUGUUCGGACGGAGCGGGACACCCAUGCUCAGCUCAGGGAGAAUGGAGGAAUUCGUCACCGAAGAAGAAGAGCCGUGGUACGACCAGCAAGACCUGGAGCAGGAUCUCCACCUAGCAGCAGAGCUGGGGAAGACUUUACUGGAGAGGAACAAAGAGUUGGAGGACUCUUUGCAGCAGAUGUACAUCACUAAUGAGGAACAAGUGCAAGAGAUUGAGUACCUGACCAAGCAGCUGGAGGUCCUUCGGGACAUGAACGAGCAACACGCCAAAGUGUACGAGCAGCUGGACGGCACGGCCAGGGAACUGGAGCGCACCAACCACACGCUGGUCAGGGACAGCAGAGCCUCGCAGCAAAAGAUCGAGAGCUUGACGGGCACCAUUGAGACUCUGCAGAACCAGGUGGAGUCUCUGUCGGCGCAGGUGGAGCAGCUCCGCUCGAUGGAGCAGCUCCGAGUCAGGAGGGAGAAGAGGGAGCGACGCAAGACCAUCCACUCGUUCCCGUGCCUGCGGGAGCUCUGCACCGCGCCCAGGUACGAGGAUGAGUUUGUAGUGGGCCGGGCCGAGAGCUUCACGCUGGACGCCAAGAGUCAGCCGUGUGAGGAGGACAAUCGGCACCUGAGGGAGGCGGUGUCGGCGCUGAGAGCCGCCGUCCGGACUGAGAGGGGUCGGAGGGAGGGGGUGGAGAAGGAGUGCAACCUCCUGAUCGCAGAGUUCUCCCGGCUGCAGACGCGGGUGCAGGACGCUGAGAGCUGCCAGGCUCGCGUGCGGGAGCUGGAGGUGGAGCUGCAGGAGCUGCAGCAGCUCCGCCGCGCGCGGACUUUCCUCCUGAGCGGCGAGGACGACGGCGUCACCCUGACCCAGACCGUCCUCAGCAUCACCCCGGAAACCGACACGUUCCUGGAAGCGGAGGAGGGCAACGCGGGCGGCGGCGGCGUGCGGGAGGAGACUGAGGGCGGAGGCGGCGUCGGAGGCGAGCAGCUGCCGGAGUCCAGCCCCGUGAGGAAAAGCUGCAGCGACACGGCGCUCAACGCCAUCGUGGCGCGGGACGCGUCCGGCCAUAGGAGAGGCAGCUAUGCCCUCCACGCCAACAGCGUGAGGAAGAGGGGGAUGUCCAUCCUCAGGGAGGUGGACGAGCAGUACCACGCCCUGCUGGAGAAGUACGAGGAGCUGCUGGGGAAGUGCAGGCGGCACGAGGAGAGCCUGUGCCACGCCGGCGUCCAGACUUCCCGUCCCGUCUCCCGCGACCCGUCCAUGAAAGACUGCGCCAUGGGCCCCGUCCCGGCGCCUCCCCCGACGCCCACCCAGUCCCCCUCCACUCCCGAAGCCAUGGAGAGCAUCGGCAAGCAGGUGGAGGCGGUGGAUAGGCGGCUGGGGCAGAACACUCCGGAGUACAAGGCUCUUUUUAAGGAGAUCUUUUCGCGCAUCCAGAAGACCAAAAUGGACAUCAAAGCUACCAAAGCCGCCAAAACGAGCAAAUCGGGCAAAUCAGGCAAAUCAAGUAAACACUAAAGUCAACAUCGACUGUACUGAUGAAGAUUUUGGUGCUCUAUGUGAACAAGGGGCUCGCCUAGUGUACGCAAUCUUAUAGAGGGCCCUGCUACUACAACUAAAGUGUUAAUUUCUUCCAGAGCUAAGCUAAGCUAACCCCAGCAGAAAGUCAACCCAAUCUGAAGUGCAUGGCUCCCAACCUAGUGAGCCUUCCAGAAAAUGAAUAGAAUCUGUUACAUCUUAUUCUUCUCCAUUCUCUUAUUUAAUUGAAAUUACAGGGAGGAAAAAAAAGAUUUGUGGGAUAAUUUGACAGCCUUACUUACUCUACAAUAUUACAAAUAUAAUACCAUAGCUGGCAAAAUGUUUCAGUUUUGCACCCUAGAUUCAGGUUUAAAUCAAAUAAGACAAAUAAAGUUUCUUUUGGAGGGGUGGAAAGCAAAUGUAACAUUAACUGAAGCCAAAUCUGUUUACUACUAAACAAGCUUGACUCAUAUUUAUGUACUUCCUGUAAGAAGAGGUUGAUCUUACAGGAGGAUCAACCUGUAAGAUGCUUUGUAUGGUUUAGCCAUAUAAAGGCAAAACCAUACAGCGUUUCAACCAUAAUUGCAUUUUAUUGGGAUUUUAUGCAGUAGACCAAAACAAUGUUGUUUUUUAAUUGUGAAAAUGAUGAAGGUUUUCUUUCUAUAUUUUUUAAAGAUAAAACCUGACUGCUAAUCUGACGUCUGUUCGGAGAAUCAGCUUCAAGAUUCAGUUUUUGGUUUUUUUUAUUGUAAAUUGAAAAAUAUUUCCCUUUUUUUGUUUGUUUGUUGUUGUUGUUUUUUUUUUGUCCGCUUCCCAGUCAUAUGUCUUGCUCUUGAUUUGUCCUACAAAAUCCCAAUUAAAUGCAGCGACAUCUGCUGUGGUCGUGUUGACCUAAUGUGAAACAGGUCAAGGGGAGUGAAUACUUUUGCAAGCCGGGGCAUUUCAAACCACUGUGCUGCCUGCGUUUUGAGAUGGAGGCGCUCUCCAUAACAUGCUACGCUAAUUCUGUCAGCGCUGCUAAAAAUUUUUUUUUUAGCUACGUUUAGAUAAGGAUGUGAUUAGUCUUACUUGGUCCUGAGCUUUCUGCAGGUAAACCAAGUGGCUACAUUGAUCUGAAUAAAAGGGAAUCCAUUUUCCAAAGUGAACCGGACUUUUAGGUCACUUUUGGGCGAAAUCAUA